UUAUUUCUUUAAAAAAAUAAGACGUUACAUUAGGACAGUGUGUCCCUUCUUAAAAAAAAAGCAAUUGCAACUAUAAAGUUCUUCAAAUUGCAUCAAUCAAAUGAUAUAAAGGCGUAUAGUAUCGUAUAGAGUAUGUUUACGCAGUAUACUUGUUCAUUAUCGAUUAAAAAAAUAAAUGUAACGAGGACAUUUACAUAAUAAAAUAACGGACGGUAUCGGAGAUUUUGUCAACAAUCUUACGACAGUGUCGUAAAAAUACGACUGGAUACGACUGUUUUUAGUGGUUGCCUAGCAACCGAAGAAGAGCGACCGUUUGAAACAGCUAGGCGGCUAACAGCUGCUAAAAUUGUUUUGUUAUGUAAAAUAAACAUUUGGUAAUAUAUUAGUGCGUUAAUUUGUUAUUGGAGCUUUGUUAAAAACAUAACAUUGUUAGGGAGAGAUGACGUUUUAAUAAGAAGGUGCUGUCCUUGUUUCUGUUAGUUAGCUCUAGUGAGCUAGGAGAUGUAGCUAACAGGCUGAUUUACUGCCUUGUGUUGUCAUUAAAUACUGUUUACCUUUUGUCUGUUAAGUCUCUGAAGCUCUCUGAGCACAAAUGCGAUCAUGUAUUUAACUACAAUACACGUUAUUAGAGCAGACCGGAGCAGCAGAAUCAGUCUAUUUAUUUCCAUUUUACUGCAGAAGUUUUGCAACUUUGCUGCAACACGUUUUUUUCUGCGAUAACUGUUAGGUUUCUCUGCCUGUGAGGUUCGAGUGUGCAGUUUUCAGACAGCAGAACAAGUGCAAGAUGCCUCCAGCUGCAGACUGGACCUUCCUGAUGAGGGUGGACCCUGACAGUUUGGGAGACGAGGAGAAGAUCUGUGAUAUGCUUUUGAAGAUUUACCCCAAAGACCUGAAGGAGAAUGAGCCGAAGAAAGCAAUACAGCUGUUCAGAAUCUCUCAGACUUUACUCAAGCUGAAGGUGGAGGAAGCGACCUGCGCAUACGAGAUUGUGGAAAAGGCUGGCGCUGAGCAAGCUAGAAUGGAAUCACAGCUGAAAGAGAAGAUUUCUGAGCUGAAAUCAGACCUGGAGGUUGCACAGCGCUCUGCAGGGGGCAGGGACACGCGCUUCCUCCGGGAUGAAAUCCGCCAGAUGGAGAGUCAGUUGGAGCAGAAGGAUAAGGAGCUGGUGCAGCUGGAGAAGGACAUGGAUAAAGAGAGGAAAAGCAACGAGGAGCUGUCACGACGAGCAGAGGAGGCUGAAGACGAGAACAGAAGGCUCAAAAGAGAGAACGAGCAGCUCCAGCAGGAUGUGGAGUUCUACAGGAAGGAGCUGGAGCAGAAGGACUCACACCAGAGCCGUGACGAGAGGAGCGAGGCUCAGAAGAAACUCAACAAAGCCAACCAGCAGGCCGACCAGUACUGGGAGAACUGGCAGCGCUCGGAGGACGAGAGCUCACACCUGAAGAGCGAGCUGGAGAACCUGCAGAAGAACCUGGAGGAGUCGGUGAGAGAGAUGGAGAAGAUGACUGACGAGUACAACAAGAUGAAGGUGGCGGUGCAGCAGGCGGACGGAUUCAUGGACCAGCUGAGACGAGAGAGAGACCAGGCCGCGCUGCAGGUGAGAGAGCUGACACAGCAGAUUCAGGCUCGCUCUGAAGAAGACGAUCCAGUAAUGGCUGCAGUCAAUGCUAAAGUGGAGGAGUGGAGGAAUGUGUUAUCAGGGAAGGAUGCUGAAAUCCUGGAGUACCAGCAGAUGAUUCGGGACCUGAGAGAGAAGCUAAGAGCAGCUCAGAUGGAUUCGGACAAAAGCAACGUCAUCGCAUUACAGCAGGCGGUGCAAGAGAGAGAUCAGCAGAUCAAGCUUCUGUCUGAGCGAGUGGAGCAGUACACUGGGGAAAUGGAGAGGAACGCUUUGCUCAUCGAGGAGCUCAAGAAGCCACUAAGGAAAGAUAAAGGUCCGGGCUCGAGCGCGCAGCAAAGGAAACUGGACGAGCUGAACGCCAAACUGCAGGCCGCAGAACAGAGGGCGGAGCAGGCGGAAUGCGUGGCCCGCAUCGCAGAAUCCGACGCCCACCACAAAGACCAGGAGCUGAGCGAAACGCUGAGUCACAUCCGGCUUUACGAGUCUGGCACAGACGGGCUGGUAGCCGCCGUAGCAGAGAUCAAGGAAAGCAAAAACCAGGUCAGAAUCCGCGACCGAGAGCUAGAAGCCAUGACCAAAGAAAUAAACCAACUGGAGCUGAAGAUCAACGACCUUCUGGACGAGAACGAGGAGCUGAGAGGUCGCCUGGGUUUAAAUCAGAAAGAAGACGUGGAUCUGACCGAGUUCAGGAGAUCAAAGGUGUUGAAACAAAGGCAGUAUAGAGCGGAGAACCAGGUUCUGCUCAAGGAGAUCGAGCGUCUCGAGGAGGAAAGGCUGGAGCUCAAGCAGCGGAUCCGUGACCUGGUCAAGGACAAAGGUAUUACCGUCAUCAGUAGUUCACUGCUUCACGAGGAAAACCUAGAGGAACCCAGCAGGUCCAUCAGGGAGAAAUCGACCCUCAGGACAACCGGCGAGGAUGAAGUUAAACGAAACAACGACUCCCUGCGGAAGGAACUGACGAGCAGAGAGAAAGAGCUGGAGAUGAAGAGAGCAGAAUCCAUGCAGUUUAAAGCUAAACUGAACGAGAUGCUGAAGGAGAACAAGCAGCUGGAGCAGGGCAUGAAGGAGAUUUUGCAGGCCAUUCAAGAGGCACAGAGCAAAGCUCCUCCUACUCAGGCAGCCAUCAGCAUCCCCAGCCUGGAGAGACUCGUCAGUGCCCUGGAGAUGAAGCACUCAGAGGGAAAGGUUGAUAUCAUCUCACACCUGAGAGCACAGCUGGAUCAGCUAACCGGCAGGAACGAGGAACUGAGGCAGGAGAUGAAGGCAGCCAGAGAAGAGGCAGCCAGCACACAGACUCAGCUCAUCAAAGCUAAUGAAAAGGUUGCACAUCUUGCUAGCGAGGUCGAGGCAGUGAGGCAGUCAGGCGGGACGGCCGUAGCUCCCAAACCUCUCCGUCUCCCCGAAGAAAUGACACCGACCGCCACGCAAGUCAUCAAUUCUCUUAACGAGUACCUGAUCCAGCUGUUACAGGAGUUAAGAAAUAAAGAAGAGUCGAACAAGCAGCUCGGUCUGGCGUCGGAGGAGUACAAGAGGAAAUUCGCCGUCAUACGACACCAACAGGGACUGCUGUACAAAGAGUACCAAAGCGAGAAGGAGGUCUGGAAGAAGGAGAAAGACCGCUUUGCAGAGUUGAAAUCCAAAAUGGACGAGCAGAUGGCGUUGGAUGCCGUGAAGAUCCAGGAGUAUAACCUGUGGCUCGAGACUCUGGAGCGCGAUCCGGUCGAGAUCAGAAGGCAGGUUUCCGAGGCGGCCCGUAAAACGACUCUACUGCGUGUGAACGAGAGGUCGUUGACCCGCCGCUACACCACCCUGAUGGAGCAGGAGCAGCACCUGAGGAAGGAGAACAACAAGCUGAAGGACGACUCGGUUCAAAUGGAAACCGCCGUCACAGAGAGAAUCGGCUACCUGCAGAGGUUCAAGGAAAUGGCGGCGUAUAAAAUGGCGGCUCUCCAGAAAGCGCUAGACGACAGCGUCCCGUCUUCAGAGCUGGAAAAAGCGAACAAGCAGUACAACGAGCUCACGAUGAAAUACAGAGACCUGCUCCAGAAAGACAACCACCUCGUCCAGAGAACCACCACGCUGGAACAUUUGGAGGGUGAGAACACGUCCCUUCGUGAGCACAUCAGCGAGAUCAACAAGGAGCUCGAGAUAACGAAGGAGAAGCUGCACACACUAGAGCAAGCCUGGGAGAACAUCAACACUGCUGGAGGAGAACGUGGUAUGGAAAAAGCUGCGAAAGCUCUGGCAAACAGUGAGAUUGUGUCGGUGUCCAAGCGCAUCACCACGCUGGAGAUGAAGGAGCUGAACGAGCGGCAGAGAGCCGAGCAUGCUCAGAAGAUGUACGAGCACAUGAGGAGCUCGCUCAAACAGGUGGAGGAGCGCAACUUUGAGCUGGAGGCCAAGUUCGCUGAGAUGGCAAAGCAGAACCUGGAGGCACAGCGGAUCGAGCGCGAGCUACGAGAUGAGCUGGCUGACAGCGUCAGUAAAGACGUGAGCGAUGCCGACCGGCGCCGCAUCACCGAGCUGGAGAAGAGCGGAGCCGAGCUCCGGAUAGAGGUGUCUAAAUUGCGGGAGAUUUCAGACGUAGCGAAAAUGCAGGUAUUUGCUCUGGAAGCCAGGCAGCAGUCCCGGGAAAAGGAGGUGGAAUGUCUCAGGAAGCAGGUGCUGGAUUAUCAGGCCCAGAGUGACGAGAAGGCCCUGAUCGCCAAGCUCCAUCAGCACAUCGUGGCCCUGCAGCUGAGCGAGACGACGGCCGUCAGCAGGCUGGAGUCCUACACCACCCGCCUUCGCCACCUGGAAGCUCAGAGGUUGCGAGCGGAGCAGCAGUUGGAUGCUCAGCAUCAGGCGCUGUGGCAGGCGAGGCAGGAGGGGCGGCAACGCGCUCGACACCUUCGCCAGGCCCUGCAUGCCCUGCGCAGACGCUUCUCCGGAGCGUUGCCCCUCAGCCAGCAAGAGAAGUUCUCCAGCACCAUGUUGCAGCUGCAGGAGGACAGGGCGAGGGCACGGGAGGAGGUACGGUGGGCGCAGGAGGAGCGCGGCACAGCCGAGGGGAAAGCACAGGAGCUGGAGCUCCGUCUGAAGGGCCUGGAGGAGCUCACAGCCACGCUGAAGGAUGUUAAAGGGGCUCAGAAGGUCAUCGAAUGGCACAAGAAGCUGGAAGAAGCUCGUCUGCAGGAGCUGAGGAAGAACAGAGAGCUGGUGGCUCAGCGAGAGGAGAUCAGGUACCUGAAGAACAUGGUGGCCGAGCAGGAGCGCUCCAUCAGCAGCCUGGAGGAGGAACUGGUGCAGCAGAAUAACCUGUUAGAGGAGCAGCAGCUCUCCUGGGAUCAGAGAGAGGUUCAGUUGGAGCGGCAGCUAGAAACCUACGAGAAACAGCAGAACCAAAUCGUCGUAUCUGCUCAGAAGUUCGAAGAAGCCACGGGUUCUGUGCCGGACCCCAACCUGCCUUUAGCUCAUCAGCUGGACCACGCGCUCAGUAAAAUAAAGGAGCACGUUCGCACCAUUCUGGAGAUUCAAGCCACUUGCAAAAGUCUGGAGGAGAAACUGAAAGAGAAGGAGGCGUCGCUGCGGAAGGCCGAGCAGAACGUCCUGUCUCGGGAUCGGGUCAUCAACGAGCUCCGCCUCCGUCUCCCUGCCGCCGCCGACAGGGAAAAGCUCCUCGCCGACUUGAGCACACAGGACGACGCGAGCAGCCAGCACGCUCUGAAGAUCGCUCACCAGACCAUCAGCAACCUGCAGUGUCUCCUCGACCAGAAAGAGGAGGUCCUCAAGAAGUACCAGAACCUUCUGUCCAGGGCUAGACAGGAACAGGAAGAAGCAGUAAAAAAGCACGAGCAGGAAGUGAGGAACCUGCACCAACAGCUGGACCUCCACACCGACUCGUCCCUGGAUCGCUUCAGACAGACGACUCUGGAACUGAUGAAGAAACCCACCUUGAACAUCCCGACCACGAAACAGAUGGAGCGUCUGGCUGAAAUGGAGCAGAUGGUGGCGGAGCAGGACACGUCUCUGUCAUCGCUGAUGAACAAGCUGAAGGUGCUGAGCGCUGAGCUGGAGACACAGAGACGAGUCACAGCUUCUCAGGCCAAGGAGCACGCGGCACAAACGGCCAGACUGGAAGAAAGGCAUGCAUCCCAGAUAAAGGCCAUGUUUAAGGAAUCAGAGGAGCUGAGAUCCCAGCUGUCACAGAUGGAGAAAGAGCUGCAGUACCUCAGCACCGAGCUGCAGGCCCAAAAAGAGGCCAACGUCCGCUCGCCGAGCAACACCAUGAAGAACCUGGUUGAACGUCUGAAGGCCCAGCUGGCCCUCAAAGAGAAGCAGCUAAAGGCUCUCAGUAAAGCCAUGCUCGAGUUCCGGGCACAGAUGACAGCCCAGGCCGAGCAACAGAUCAUCGCAAACGCGGCCCAGAAAGAAGAGGCGCUUAACGUUCAGCAGAUCGUGGACAAACACACCAAAGAGCUGAAGGCCCGGGUAAAGGAACUGAACGAGGAGCUGCAGAGCUGGAAGGAGAACGUGAAAGCAGGGAAAACCCGAGAGAGCUCUCUGAAGGAGGAGGUGGAGAGCCUGAGCCGUGAGCUACAGAAGAACCAGAAGAUCCAGAGCAGACUGCAGAGCGAGAAAGGAGAUCUGGAAGAACACCUGGAGGAGCUGAAGCAGAAGGUCAAGAGACUCAGCAGCAGCCUGCAGGGUCAGACAGAAGGCGAAGUUAAAGGCUUCUCAGUAGAGGCUUUACAGAAGAAGAUCCGCAGACUGGAGUCGGAAUCGGACAGGAAGAACGUGUCCGAGCCACAGGAGAAAAAAACGGCGGUGAAGGACGACAAGUCUAACAAAGAAGAACUGGUGAGGUGGGAAGAGGGUAAAAAGUGGCAGGCGAGGAUGGAGAGAGUGCGCAAUCUUUUAAAAGAGAAGGAGAAAGAGACAGAAUCCCUUUCCAAACAACUGGCCACGCUGAAGGAGCUCUACACAAGACUGGAGCAGGAGAAACUGGGCCUGCAGAGGAAGCUAAAGAGUCGAGGCGUGACGGCGGAUCAGGUGCUGGGCACACGGGCGACCAUCGAGGCAGACAAAGAGAUCGAGGAGCUGAAGAAGAGGAACUGUGAGCUGGAGCAGCAGAUCCACAUCAUCAGGCAGCAGGAGGCUUUACCUCGUGAUGCUGCCAUGGAGGACAUGAACAUCAGGAACCGCUAUCUGGAGGAGAGACUUCACUCUCUGGAAAGCCAGCUGGCCAAGGAGCCUCCAUCCAGGCCGUCUGCGAAAACGCUGGUUUCUUCCUCCCAGUUCAGUUUCUUUCCUAACGCCAGCGAAGACGAAAACACACAGACCUUAUCACUAAGCAAAGACCAAAACCUCCAUCAACAUAGAGAUCAUGAGAUGAUGGCUGGAGCGAAUGAAGUACAUGAAGACAGUGGACACGAAGAAACGAGAGAUGCUCUGAUCCCCGGUCAAGAUUUAGAUUUCGGAAUCAAACCCGAAGAGGAAACGUCGCCCGUAUGCCAAGAUACAGCAGAACCGGAACAAGGAAAGGACGAGAUCCAUGAAGGGGAGGAAGAAGAAAGAAGAACAAAGUCUGUGUAUUCUCAGACAGACCGAGAAAUCGCUUCUGAAGAACACGAGGAACAGAACGAAGUAGAACACGUGUCAGAAGAUCAGGGUGACGGAGAGCAAAAGAACAAGGAAACAGAGAGAGAACCAGGACUGACAGAAGGAUCUCCUGAGUCUCCCAAAAUCCAGACACAUGGAGAAACGACUAUGAUGCAUGCUCUUGGUGAGGAAUCUCUCCCUUCUAUGGAUGAGACCGAACAGGAGAAACGAGACGAGACGUCCGGCAGGGGCUCGGCUGGGACUCCGACCCAGAGGGAGCACGAGCUACAGAAAGAGAACCUGAAGAUCUCCAGUGAGAACCUGGAGCUGCGCUUUCAGCUAGAGCAGGCUAACAAAGACCUGCCACGUCUAAAGGCUCAGGUGUCUGACCUCAAAGAACUAUGCGAUGCUAUGAAAAAGGAGAAAGCCGAGCUGCAAAAGAAGCUGGGGAAUAUCCGUGGGACAGCGCAGUCUGGAGGAAGUGGAAAAAGCGCCCCCGAGUUGGAGAAAACCAUCGCACUGAUGAAGAAGGUGGUGGAGCGAUUGCAGCGAGAGAACGAGAGCCUGAAAAAGAGCUCGGCGACGGCGAUCCAAGAGCGGCUCACCGUCCUGCAGCACGAGCACCAGAAACUCAAGGCGGAAUACGACCAGAUGAAGGAGAGGAAUCAGACGACAUCCAAACUCGAGUCACAGGCUAAAGGAACGGAGAAGAUCGUGAUGGAGAACGAGCGGCUGCGCAGAGAGAUCAGAAAGGAAUCGGAGGCUGCAGAGAAGCUGCGAGUAGAAAAGAGCAGUCUGGAGGUAAGAAACGAAAAGCUGAAGCUGGAGCUUGAGGAAACCAACCAGAAGCUUCUACUGGCUCAAUCCAAGGUUCCAUCCAUAGAUCGAGCAGAUACAAAGACCUGGAAGUCUCAAGUCGUGACCAGGUUGUUUGAAAAUAAAAUGAAAGCGCUCGAGAUGGAACUGUCGAAGAAGGACAAAAGUCUCUCGGAGCUCAAACUUCAGCUCGAGGAAUCCCGCGAGAAGGAGCAGAGGACGCAGCAAACCGUCACACAGCUGAAGGAAGAACUCGAAAUCCUGAAAAACAUCCCCGGUGACGGCUUCGCUAAGGAGUUCACGUCUGUCAGGCUAGAAAACCACCAGCUGGAGAAGGAGAAGCUUCGGCUCCUCGAGCGCGUCGGGAAAUACGAAGAGCGGUUUGGAGCAGGUGGAGACGGACCAGGAUACAAAGAACUUCUGACCCAAAUAAGGUCACUGAGCGCUGAGAAGAUCCAGCUGCAGGACGAAAUCCGAAGAAUCACCAAAGAACUGGCGAACUUCGACCCGACGUUCUUCGAGGAGCUCGAAGAUCUCAAGUUCAAUUACAACGUAGAGGUGAAGAAGAACAUCAUCCUGGAGGAGCAGCUGAAAAAACUGGCAGAGCGCUUCGGAGUAGAAGUGGACAUCCCAACAGACGGGUCACUGAGCUGACACGGAGAGGGAGAGGGAGAAAGGGGAGGGAGAAGGACAAGGAGAAAUUAGAGGGAGGAGAAAAGGAUGGAGAGGGACAAGGAGAAAGG